CUCGAUGAUACUAUAACAUCUCUGCUGCGCCUGCGACUCACUCUCCUUUCGUGAUGUCCCUCACCCUUAGCCUCGCUGUUUUGUGAGGUCCUGCCCGCCGGGUUUUAUCUCAUCGAUCAUGGCGUCGCGACCAGGAUUCAACCGUCAUGAUACCGACAACCAUGCCAGCAUUGAGCCCUCUUUACAUGGCGCAGCGGCCUCCGAUAAGAAAUCGUACGAACUGAAUGACCUCAGUGGGAAGGACGCUGGCAUUUAUGAUGUCAAAGAGGACGUGUCCGACCAUCUGCCCGACUAUGACCAACGGAGUGACGAGUUUGCCAACGUCAAGCAAGCCGAGACAGCAAAAGAUCUCGUCACUCAGGUCAUUCACGUCGACGACGACCCGACUCAGAGCCCGUACACGUUCCGACUUUUCUUCCUGGGCACGGGUCUCUCCAUCUUCGGCGCCGUGCUGCAGGAGAUCUUCUACUUCAAGCCUCAAACCAUCUAUGUCUCGGUGGUCUUCUUGACCGUCAUCGGUUAUGUUCUCGGCGAAUUCAUGGCCUUUGCCAUUCCUCGCAGAGGUUUCCUCAAAUAUCUCAACCCGGGGCCGUUCAACGGAAAGGAGCACGCGGCCAUUACGAUCAUGGCUUCGGCUGCUGCACAAGCCGCUGCCUCCACCGAAGUUCUAGCCGCGCAGCAGCUUUUCUACGGUGGAUAUCCCAGUCGAGUGGCGGGAAUCUUCAUCACAAUGUCGUCACAGAUGUUUGGCUUCGGCAUCGCUGGUAUGCUGCGAGAUGUCCUCGUAUAUCCUACCAAGAUGAUUUGGCCGAUCAAUCUGCCCGUGGCAACACUCCUCGAGACUUUGCAUCGAGACAAGGGCGAGACCAAGAAGCGGCUGAAAAUAUUCUAUAUUGUCUUCGCGGCGAUUUUCGUCUGGGAGGUCUUCCCGGAGUACAUUUUUGUCGUCAUGACGGGUGUCUCGGUGUUUUGUCUCGCCGAUCAGAACAAUUUAACCUUCACCUAUCUUUUCGGUGGUGCUUCUGGAAAUGAAGGGUUGGGUUUUUUGAACAUCUGUUUCGAUUGGAACUUCAUCGCCGGUCUCUGGUCGCCACUUUGGUACCCGCUGCAGACCACGUUCAACCAAAUGCUUGGAAUCAUCGGGUGCUACAUCCUUUUCAUGGGUGCAUUCUAUGGCAACCUCUACGAAGCACAGAAGUUCCCAUUCAUGUCUCAACUUCUUUUCAACGGCAGCUCCAACGGAACCAGCUACGUCCUUUACGACCAAACUCGCAUCCUGAAUGACGACUUUGAGAUUGAUGAAUCGAAGCUGGCCGCGGAAAGCUUGCCUUACCUAACCGUCACCUACCUCAUGUACCUGAUCACCUCCAACGCCGGAAUCACCGCCGCCCUGGUUCACAUGUACCUGUGGAACUACGACGACCUCAAGAGCGGCUGGGCUUUCAUCUCACUGGAGAACAUCAAAUCCCUCGGUCGAGCCGACACUUGGAAGUUCUGGAAGCGUGAUGAAAGUGCACGCAUGGCGCGCAAGUUGGACGACCCUGACAUUGACCCUCAUUACAAGCUCAUGCUGAAAAACGGUUACGAAGAAUGUCCCAAUUGGUGGUGGGGCCUUGUCUUCAUCAUCGCUUUUGCAGUCGGUCUGGGCUGUCUGUACGCUAUGAAAUCGACCCUUCCUUGGUGGGGUUUCAUCAUCGCCACCCUCAUCACCACCGUCUUCACCCUCUUCCUCGGCGCCCAGAUGGGUCUGACGGGUUUCCAAUUCAACACGCAACCCAUCUGCCAGAUGCUGGCGGGGUUCAUGUUCCCCGGGAGACCGCUCGCCAACUUCUACUUCACCUGCUACACCUACAACACGCUCCAACAGGCGCAACUCCUCGGCAAGGACAUGAAGCUCGCCCAAUACGCCCAUCUGCCCCCGAAAUGCACCUUCCUCGUGCAAGUCGCCGGUUGCCUGAUCGGAGCGAUCUUCAAUUGGGUCAUGAUGAUCGAAAUCGUCGCCAACCAAGCGCCCCUCCUCACCGCCAUCCAAGGCAGCAACAUCUGGUCCGGCCAGAACGUGCAAAGCUUCAACUCCCUCGCCAUCUCCUUCUCCCUGGCCCACGACCUCUACGCCGUCGGCGGACGGUACCAAUGGGUGACGCUCUCCUUCCUGCUGGGAUUCCUCUGCCCUUUACCGUUCUACUUCGGGCACAAGAUGACCAACUGGGGCGGGUUCGCUUACAUCAACACCUCGAUCAUCCUGUGGUUCAUGGGCAAUCUGUUCGUGGGGAUCAAUUCCAGCCUGACGUCGUUCUUCAUCGUAGCGUAUUUCUCGCAGUUCUACCUCCGGAAGUACCACCCGCAGGCGUUUGUCAAGUGGAACUACCUCGUCUCCGCGGCGCUGGAUGGGGGCACGCAGGUGUUGGUCUUCAUCUUGACGUUUGCGGUGUUCGGCGGCUCCGGCAAGGCCGUGCCGUUUCCCACCUGGGCGGGGACGCCGGAUGCGGGUUUGCAUAACAACGACUACUGUAUGAUCAACGCGGCGAACGCGUUGGCGGAUUAUGCCAGUUGAAAGGGUAGCCGUGGCACUUGUCCCCGAGAGACGAAGAGGGAUGUGGUAUGAUCAGACGGAGAGGUUCGAAUUUCAUCACAGUGAAUGUCACGAAACCC